AUGGCCGAUUUCGAGAGGACCGUGCUAGAGUUCUACCAGCUUCCGUCAUCCUAUCCAUCCGAAUGGCCGGCUGAGAAGGACGCUGAAGAUGCGGCAACGGACGGGACAGAUGCCUGGGGUAACAAUAGGCGAUUGUCCUCUUACCAGGCUCUCGAGUCUGCCGUCAAUGAACGGCGCAGUUUCUUGGGAGGCGCCGAUGGCAAGGGGGGCAUGAAUAGUCUCGUGCAGCGAGACGAGCCGGACCCUCUCGGUUUCUCCGACAGCGUUGUUCGCAGUUUAAAGAACUUGGGGCUGCCCGUGCAAGACGACAUUCGCCUCAGAAAUCGAUUCCUCCUCUCGUCGACCACAUUCUCACCAGCUCUAUUUCUCUCCCAAAUGCACUCGGAUGCAGACACGCGGAAUCUGCUACAAGGACUAGAUGCACUCUCUGCUUCCAUCGAUCAAAAGUCUGCGUCUCUCAAGGUCCUUGUCGAAUCCAAUUUCGAGCGAUUCGUAAAGGCUAAAGCAACUAUCGAUAAUGUCUACAAGGAAAUGAAGUAUCGCGGAGAGGAUCCACAGACGAAGACGCACUCGCGACAUGCCAGCCGCAGCAGUUUUCGCAACAGCGGUACCAAGCUUGCUUUUAAUAACCAAUUGGCAUUCUCUGUCUCUGACAGUAGAAAGAAGAACGCCCUUACCAAGGAGAGCGAAUAUGGUGUUCUCGGCAUCAAAGCUCCACUACUGGACGUUUCUGCCAAAGCCGAAGAAGUAUGGGGCCCCGCGCUUGGCGGCCGCGAGAAGGAGGAACAUCUCAAAGAUGUCUCAAUUUAUAUGUCAAAGUUCAGAGAAUAUGUCGACCUGAGCGGAGUUGUCGCGGAUAGCAUCAAGCGAAAAGAUUACGAAAGCUUGGUUGAGAGCUAUAACCGCGCGAGAACAUUUGCCGACCAAGCUCGCCACUUGGGCAAGCAGCUAAAAGGUGCCACGCCCGACGAUGCACAGUUGUAUCAGAUUCUGCUCGCGGCCCGCAUGUGGCAUGACGUCAAUCGUCAGGUGGAGUCUUUCAAGACAGAAAUCUGGAAGAAGCUGUCUUCAUGUUCGUCUCAUUCGAAACUCAAUGCUGCGGCUGGCCGCGUGCAAGAUCAGCAUAUUGAAUUAAUCAGCUUACUGUUGGAACUCGGAGUCAAGGAAAGCCCCAUCUGGGUCUGGUUAAUAAGUCGAUAUGAUCAUUUGAAGAGUAAGAUUCAGGUGACAGGUGACCGUCAAAAGACAGAAAUCGAAGUUCUGCGACGACGGCUAGCCGUCGGCGAGAAACCGACUCCCAAGCAGGCUGGUAUGUACCUGAAUGGCCUCGGCAGGCAAGCAAUGGACCGCAAACCUCCGGUCAAUGAUUCGGUUGAAGUCAUUGAACUCUGGGAGAAGAUGUACACUUUCCUGAGCAAUCUCAUCUCUUCACAAGGUAUAAUGGGUGAAAUUGUCGAGUUUUGGUCCCUCGCUCAGGGCUUUAUUGAUGGCAGAACCCAGCGGACUUUACCUAUUGGCUACAACGGGGAGUCUCAAGUUCAUCACGAAUUGUCCGGCGAACGCGUCAGCCAAUUAUCACAAGGCGCAAGAGAACUUGUCGAGCAAAUAAGAGAGCACAUCUACGCAUUCUUUGCUGGGCUACCACCUGAAGACAUAUCAAUACUUCUCUCACCUUUAACUCCUAACCCUGGCUCGCCAGCAUCGAACAGUGCUGGCAUUGCUGGCUCUCUCUCACCAACAGCUUUACGUGAUCCACGCUUCAAUUUCGAUCCUAGCAACCCGCCGCCUCCAUCUCCUAGUAAGGGGGAGCCGUGGGAGAAGCUUGCAUUCUGGCCUCCUUGGUCCAAUUCGCUCAGUGGUGUCCAUUACUUGUCCAGAAUGCUUGCACUAGUUGGAUCGGGGGCGUCAGAGUUGGCUACUAUUACCCCUGUGGCAGCUGCUAACGGAGCCAACCAAGAGUUGGAACGACUGAAGCUUCUCAUCAGUGCCUCUCGGGAGCGAUGCGUCACGGCCCUCUGCGCAGCAUGGAACCGUGAUGCUGAAAACAUUAAGCAUGUGGAAGAUUGGCAGCGCUCCAGUGAGGGGGGCGACGUUACCAGAAUGCCGGCUAGCUUUGCUGCAUUCGAGGGAACCCUUCUCACCGGUAUGCAGAAGAUUCUUUAUAUCGCAGAUGCAACAACAGAGCAGGGCGCGCCGAGCAUUGUUAUGCCCCCACCGCCCAAGCUACUUCAGAUGGUUCGAAGCCAAUACGUUACGACUUUGUAUAAGGCUUUGAGCGGGAUGGUAGAGAAUGCAGAGCGGUCUCUGAAAAUAACUGACGAAGAUGACUGGUCGCAAGCCGCUGCAGUGUACACUAGCACCUCGUCGGCUGGCAAGAGCACGCUAGAUGCUGGUGAUCGCAACGUUCGAAUGCUUUUGACUCUCAGCAAUCUGCAAGCUUUGCGCUCUCAAGUCGUUCCAGGCCUGAACUCGCAGUUCGAAAACGCCUUCUCGGUGAAGCUGACUGAUGAGUCCAAGACCAUCAAGGACGUCCUGGGACAAAUCGACGCUCGCUUGUUCCAAUCAUACACCAAGCAUUCCAUCGAAAAGCUUCGCGACAUUAUUCAGACUGGUCUGGCAUCACCAAACUGGGUCUGCAAACCAAAUCAGAGGCCUUCCGCGGCCAAACCUUAUAUCUAUGAGGCUCUGCUAACACUGGUGCUCGUGCAUUCCCAAGUCUCCACGACGGCACCUUCUUUAACGCCUCAAGUACUGAGCUUCUUACUGGAGCAGACGUCUUUGCAGCUGCUUGAGACCUUUCGCACACGGCCCAAAUAUUCGCUUGAAGCACUGAUGCAGGCAACACUCGACGUGGAGUUUGUGGCGCAAACUCUAAGCCACUACACCACAGACCGCGCCUCGGAGCUGCAGAGCCAAAUAUACCAAGAGCUCGAUGGGCGGACGGAUAAUGAUGCGCGAGCGCGCCUGCAGGGUGAGCUGCCCGAGAUGCGCAACGUGCUCAAGAAGCUGCGAGAAAACAGCAAGAACGAGUUUGCCUGCUUCAGGAAGCCAAAGCGGGCUGUAGCAGCGGGUGCGACAGCCACCAAGCAGGACGGACAGAGCGGUGCGGGUAGCGGGACAGUAGCCUAG